AGGUCUCGGGAUUUGCUACACUAUCAUCGCAAAAGCUUUCGCAAUUACAGUCUUCGCCAUCGUCAUCGACAUCGUCAUCAUAGUAGUUGUAGGGUUUAGCUAGGACCGCUGGGAGGUGUAGAGAAUCCUCAGGUCUCUUCUCUGACGAGAACCAAAGAAGGAUUCGCAAUGGUAGUCUCCCCGACCCUCUCUUGCAGCGCAUUCAAGCUGGGGUGCGCUUUGAAUUCUGCGUCGGCUCGUCCCUCUCUUGGUGGAUAUGGUCGACAGUCGGGUCCUUGCAAGGUCGCGAGGGUUGUGUGUUCGGAUACGGUGUCGUCGAAGAAGGAAUGGAGUAGGGUAAAGCCCGGGGUUGCUAACUCUGGAGCUCGAAGGGGUAGGUCGUUGGUGGCAGCUGCUGCGGCGGAAGGGGUUGCUGUGGAUGUGAAUGCCCCGGCAUCUGUUCUUGUUGAACAGCUGCUUUCUUUGGUCGAGGGUACUGACAGGGGAACGCAAAUUGGCGAGCCAGAGAAGUGCGCGAUCAACGAAAUUGUUGCCAAGUUGGAGACCCAGUGCAUUCCGGAACCUCUAUCCAGUCCCUUGCUAUUUGGAGAUUGGGAGGUGGCAUAUAGCAGCAAUCCAACAGCACCGGGUGGAUACUACCGCAGCAUGCUGGGCCGUGCAUUGCUGAAGACCCGGGAUAUGGUGCAGAGCAUCAAUGCCCCUGAUCUCAUCUCUAACAAGGUUGCCUUCGCUGCCUUUGGCCUUGUCGAAGGGAAAGUAACCUUGCAAGGUAAACUGACAGUUUUAGACCAGAAGUGGGUAGAGGUAGUGUUCGAGCCUCCUCAAGUGAUGUUGGGGUCGUUUAAGACGCAGUACGGAGGCAACAGUAAUGUCAAACUGGCAAUCCUGUACCUCGAUGAGGUUGUGAGGAUAGGGAGGGGUUCUAGAGGCUCUCUUUUCAUCUUCAAACGACGCACGUGAGCUCAUACCGAAUGUCAGCAUCUGUGGAGUGUCGGGAACGUCCUAACCGUGAUGUCCAAGCCUUUCAGUAUUCAAAGCGUGGAUUUCAAUAGAGUAUAAAGUUUCUUCCUUUGUAUUUAUAAACGGACCAUUUUGUAGAGCAAGGAUACGCAUGGCUUCACGCAACACAGCUCAAUGGUACAGCGGGGAGAAUAGGAGGAUGCGGCAGUUCAUAAUUUUCAUUUGUUAAUCACAAAUCUUCGAGGCUCAAGCUUACAGUGAGAGUUGAUAAACCUCCAGGUCUUCCUCAACCUUCUCUUGAUGGGAAGCUGACCUAAAGACGAAACCGAUUUAUGGAUAUUUUGGCACAACUUCGAUGUCAGUCUUCAUACUUCAUUGCUUGUA